CUAGUAUAUGUUGUAGUCACAUAUAUACUAAGUUAAUUAAGGAAGAUAGGUACUUUAGUGUUUUAAAAAUUGAUCAUCCCAACCUAAAAGAAUACACAUAUGAGAACUGGCAAGAUUAAGUAUGAUUAAUUACAUAACUUUCGAGUUUCGAUUGAUUAAAAGAAGAGAACGGCUCUAUAUAUAAUGUCACAAAUUGUUGAUAGAGACGAUAUGGUCCCUUUCAUCAUCAAGAAAGUAAAGUAGACAAAUAAAAUUGAGCUGUCUUGCAUCAAAAAAUAAAAUAUCUGUAUUGGGGCUUUACAAAACAUAUAUAGUUCUUUACGACACUACAUCAUUACGUAGUUAGAAUCUAAUCUAUUCAAUCAGAAAUAUACAUGUAGAAUAUAUUCGUUAACUUAUGUCAUUAUAUAACGGUUCAUAUGAAAAGUGUGACAAAUGUAGGAAUGUGAGAGAAAGGACCGUUGUUACAUUGUUUCAGUGGGCCGCUCUGUAAAAAAAGCAAAACUGCUAGACCGUUGUUCUCUUAACUAAAAUAAUAUUUAGUGACGAAAAGACUUUGCUGUAAAAUUCCUAAACUACCCCUCACUCCCUUCUUCCAACCUUUCGCCAGCUAAUGUUUUUCCCUUUCCGAAGAAAAAGGUCAAGAGGAUCUCAUUCCUUACUUACUCCCACUUUACAAUAAUACCCUCUCCUUUAACCUAUUCACCAGACUGCCACCCGUCUCCUCUUCUGUAUAAGAAUGCACUGUGACAUGAUGACUCUGUCGUGAAGAGACUAAGAGAGAGAGAGAGAGAGAGAGAGAGAGAGAGAGAGACAAAGGAUGGGAGUGAUUAAGAGGUGGACGUCUGUGAAGAAGAAGAAGCAGCAGAAAGAGGAGAUUGAAGCGACGGCGAAAGAAACACAUACAUGGAGGCGACUAAGGGGUAUGUUUUCAUCGUCGCCGUCGUUUAAGUGGAAAAGAGUAGAGAUACUGCAUACGGAGAUCGUGGACGGAGUGGUUUACAACGUGAUGUAUGUAGUCGAAGCUGUCGUUCUCGUUUCGACUCUCUGUUUCUUCUACCUCUGUUGUGGUUGCCACAUCUGAUCUCAUGUUUUUCAUAUUCUCUCAAUUCCAUUAUUCUUUUGUAUUCAUGCUCCUCGUCAUCCUUCUCUUAGUAUGUUGUUUAGCUUUAGUCUCAAUUUUACACAGUAUAAUGUAAUCUGAUGUUACUAUGUAGUUCUAUAGAAUAAAUUUGAAUUCAUUU